GGGUCUGAACGUCACUGAAGUUUCCGGUUGCGGCUUCUCUUUCCCUCUCUUUUCGGGUUGUCGCUAACGUCAACAACACGCACGUUACCGAUCCGUAGUGAAAUUUCCUCUUUAUUCUUUGCAUUUUACAGCUAAAAAUGCCGCAGGAAAUCAAGGAAGUGAAAGAUUUUCUCAUCAAGGCCCGCAGGAAGGAUGCGCGUGCCGUCAAGAUAAAGAAGAACGAGACCAACACCAAGUUCAAGAUCCGCUGCUCCCGUUACCUGUACACGCUGGUGGUUAAGGACAUGGAGAAGGCAGAAAAGCUAAAGCAAUCGCUGCCCCCAGGCCUGCAGGUUAAGGAAGUGAAGUGAGCUGGCGGAGACGCUUGGAGCUGCUGUCCCUCCCCGUUCCCAUCCCGUUCCCAGCGUAUGUUGUGUGAUGGUCGGGGGGGCGGAUUCCGGCUGACGUUUCGACCCGGUGGUCGCUUUGCACGGCCUCGCGUGAAGUAAUGUGGUGUUUCGUUCAUAUACUCUGUGUUUUCAACUGCGCAUAGAACGUACAAUGUGCUCGAGUUGGCCAAUAGUUUAAUGUGUGUGGCUGUGAAUAAAGAGUAUGUGACGAAAUAUGAUGGAA